CUUCGAAGUGAUCUUGGCUUUUACCACGAUGCUACGCUAUCAGUCGAAGUCAUUACACAAGGCUCUAUGGCCAGCCCCGCCAAUACUAACGGUAUGUUCUAAUCCUCGUUGCCAACAGUCUACGGUAUAUCGCAUGGAGAAAAUUUUUCCAGUACACGGCUGGCUGCUAGAAGGCCAAACAGUCCAACAUGAGACCUCUUCAGUCCAUGUUUUCACAAUCGCAAUCCUCAGCCUGGGACCACGUUUUCAAGGACAUUGCGGACAAGCCUCCAGUGGUAUCCCAAUCGGGCCCCAGACGCGGUCGGAGACAGGCCAUGACAAACCGGGAAAUUAGCGCUUUCAACGACAUGUUCAACAUGAUAUUUGAUGCUGUUUCUGAACAGUCGCGAAAGCAGCGUGACGUCGAUCUACAACACGACGAUCUUGGUGGUCUCUUCACCAAGCUUCGACGACACUCAAAAAAGAUAAAAUGGACUACGGAAGAAGAAAAUCUUUUGGACCAGAAAAAGGAGGAGAUGGACAUGUGCGACACGGAUCAGCAGCUUCUUGACUGGGCUAUGAGGGAGGUGUUUGAAGAUUCGGUGCGACGUGAAGCAGCAUCUCGGCUGGCUAUGGAAAAUUCAGAAAUUAAAGAAGUCCCCCGGCUUCAAUCUCCAGCGUACCCCGACCUCAUUGCCCUCCUCAUGCAGACGUUCCGCGACAAAUACAGUGAUCCUCACCUUGCUCUGUCCAUCUUCGACUACACUCGAAAUCUCUCUAUCAUAUCUUAUGUGUUUGGAUGCACGACCAAGGCUUACAACGAACUCCUUAAGACCAGAUGGCGGUGUUUCCGUGAUCUCAAAGGAUUCCAUGACGCCCUGCAAGAAAUGACUGUCAACGGUGUCGGUAUAGAUGCUAGCACACGCAAAUUGGUCGAAGAGGUGCGACGUGAUGUCGGUGAAAAGAGCUUGUGGAUGGAGGAGGACCCGCUGGGAGAUAGCACCGAGUCAUGGAAUCUGUUGAACAAGAUUGAGGAGCUGACCGCUGCGAAGAAAAAGAGGUCGAAGGUUGAAAAAGAGCCAAGGUGGGACGAGUGGAAGUCUUCGUCCAUGGUCGACGAUGUCGAUGAUCAAUGGGGAUUCGAUAAAUGGGACGACCCGGCAGGGAAAUUGUAUUGAUUCCUUCUCGUUUGUUCUGGUGUAGAUUCGGUUUGCAGAAGCAAGAAACAGUCCUACGUUAGUCGCAUUUGCAGCUACGUAAGGUUUAUCUGUAGUCGUCACAAGUAUCAUCAUUUCAUCUAGCUGGGAAAGGUACAUAUUUGCGCACUGUAUUAGAUCCUGCGCAUGAUUUGUUGUGUUGGGUAUAAAAUAUUCGAAAUGACCACGUAUGGCUUCCUUGAAACAGUAAAAGGAGUGAAAGU